AUGGCCCGGCCCGGGAGACCCACUGGCCAUCCCCAAAACUUUUUCACUGUCGCAGAUGACGGCAGCGCCGAAGCUGCUGGUGGGGUUGAUAUCGGUGUCGGUGAUGGUGGAGAUGCGUGGCUUUCGAAGCCAUGGCACCAGCCGGUGGACGUCUCCGCUGAUGGCGCCGUCGACCACGUCGCGGGAGCAGUCGAAGAGGACGGCGAACAGGCCGCCGUCGAUAGCCUAGAGAGAGACGUCCCAAACCGGAGCAGCAAUGCCGAACUCCUAAGGCGGCUCCGGCGAGGUCUGUGGGGAAUGGAAGGCUUGCUUGGCUGCUGCCCGCUCCCAGCCACUGAAGAGGACUUGCGCACAUGGAGGUGGUUGGGACGGAGUGAUGGCAGCUUCGUGUGGCCAUGCAAGGGUGGAGAGAAACUGGAAGUUCUCAAUGCCAUGAUCAAACAUCAAACCCAAAUCUCCAUUCUAGAUGGUGUCACAAAGCGGUUCUACAAGACGGAUGGUGUCACAAAGCGCUUCUACAACAAAGAUGGUGUCACAAAGCGGUUCUACAACAAAGAUGGUGUCACAAAGCGGUUCUACAACACGGAUGGUCUCACAGAGCGGUUCUACAACACGGAUGGAGUCACAGUUGGUCCAGAGCGGUUCUACAACACGGAUGGCGUCAAAAAGCGGUUCUACAACACGGAAGGUGUCACAGAGCGGUUCUACAACACGGAUGGAGUCACAGUUGGUCCAGAGCGGUUCUACAACACGGAUGGAGUCACAAUUGGUCCAGAGCAGUUCUACAACACGGAUGGCGUCAAAAAGCGGUUCUGCAAUACGGAUGGAGUCACAGUUGGUCCAGAGCAGUUCUACAACACGGGUGGUAUUACAAAGCGCUUCUGCAACACGGAUGGAGUCACAGUUGGUCCAGAGCGGUUCUACAACACGACUGGUGUCACAGAGCGGUUCUACAACACGAAUGGAGUCACAGUUGAUCCAGAGCGGUUCUACGACACGGAUGGUGUCACUGUUGAACCAGAGCAGUUCUACAACACGGUACCAGCGCGAUUCUACAACAAAGACGAAGUCACGGGAGUCCCGUAUUCCGAAGCGCUGAUCUAAACCAUAGAACGACACUUCGCUGUGGAGCUGGCUCCGUUCUACACAGCAGAAGCCAUGUGGAAGAAGAAUCUAAAAUGUAGAACAGCAAUUCACAGCGAUUAUCCAUGCUUGACUAGGGAAAUAAUUCUAUUUCUUCCUAGGGCAGCAAAGGCCUGAUGAACUAGUAAUGUUUUUUGUUUCUUUUCGGAAGAUGUUUUUGCUAUUUUGAAUGUGUUAUAUUGUCUACGUUUCUGGUGUUGGGUUAUUCAUUUGAA